AUGGACAUCAGCUGCAGUCUCUGUGAGUGCCAGCGCUUCCCCGCGGCCCCGGCCCCGCUGCAGCAGGGAGCGGGGGCUGCGGCACCUCCCGGCCCCGGGGGAGCCACCCUCACCCCCGGCCACCGCCUCGCCUCCUCGGGGCCCUGCCCGCCGCCGCCCCGGGAGGCUCCUGCUGCCGCCAGCCCCACCCACGACCACCGCCGGGGCGGCCGCCGCCGCUUCACCCCCGCACCAGGGCCCGCGGCGCAGCCCGGCACCAACCUCGGGGACGUCCCCGCCGCCUUCACCGGGGCUCGGAGCCGCCGCCGCGGCGCCGGGUCGGGUGUGACGCCCGGGCCGAGACAAACGCGGGCUCGCCCUUCCCCCAGUAAGGGACCCCCGUUCCCCGCCACCGCCGCCCUCGCCGGGCCCAGCGCGGCCUUACCCGAGGGGCCGAAGGAAAAUGGAGGCGGCGGCGGCGGCGGCGGCGAGCGCGGGGGGCGGAGCGGCUGCGGGUGUGAGGCGGCGGUGCGGCCGCCGCUGCUGCUCCCGCUGCUGCUGCCGCUGCUGGCGGCGCUGGGCGCGGCGGGGCGCGGUGGCCCCGGGCCCGUCACCUGCGGCUCCGUGGUGAAGCUGCUCAAUGUGAGGCACAACGUGCGGCUGCACUCGCACGAUGUGCGCUACGGCUCCGGCAGUGGGCAGCAGUCGGUGACCGGGGUGUCGGCGGCGGAUGACGGGAACAGCUACUGGCGGGUGCGGGGCCGCACGGCCGCCGUGUGCCAGCGGGGCACGCCGGUGCGCUGCGGGCAGGCCAUCCGCCUCACGCACCUGGGCACCGGCCGCAACCUGCACAGCCACCGCUUCACCUCGCCGCUCUCCGGGAACCAGGAGGUGAGUGCAUUCGGGGAGGCCGGCGAGGGUGACUACCUGGAUGACUGGACAGUGGUGUGCAGUGGGACCUACUGGGUGCGGGACGACGAGGUGCGAUUCCAGCACACCUCCACCGACGUCUUCCUCUCGGUGACCGGGGAGCAGUACGGGCGGCCCAUCCACGGGCAGAAGGAGGUGCACGGCAUGGCCACCUCCAGCCAGAAUAACUACUGGAAGGUGAUGGAGGGCAUCUUCAUGCAGCCCAGCGAGGCCCUCCAAAUGGAGCAGUACCACGCCGAGUUGUGAGGGACAGACAGACCGACGCCGAGCUUCUGGCGUUCUGCUGUGUUUGGGACUGCUGAGCCCAGGGGAUGGCUCCUGUCCCCACCCUGGAACUGACACACACCACUGACAGCAGGGCCCCAGCACAAAGCAGAUCCCAAUGUCCUGAAUUCAAUGUUGAGUAGUUUCCAUUGUCCCAAAUCUGACACUAAAUAGGUCCCAAUGUCCAGACCUGACUGAAAACAGCUUCCAACACCCUAAAACCACUACAAAGCAGAUCCCAAUGUCCAGACCUGACCACAACAGAGCCUGACAUCCUAGAUCAGCACAAAGCAGGUCCGAACAUCCCAAAUUAGCACAAAGCCAAGCCAAACAUCCAGAUGUGACCCAAAACAAAUUCACAAACUCACACCCUCUCCCUUUGCAGCCUGCUCUGUCCAAGGACCCGCCCCUUAAAGAACUGCUGUCCCUAGGAGCUGUACCCCUUGCUGUACUCCAAACUGUUCCUCGUGCCCUGCGAGGACCUGGGGCCAUAAAAGUGCUGAACUCUG